AUGACAUCGAAUUCACCUGAAAUGUCUGAAAUAUAUGAUAGUAUCGUAAAUCCGGGAAUGAAAAUUGUUCUCUCAGAUCCUCCCCCCUCGCGUGAACCUAAUAAUUGGCUUUGUUGUAGUUAUGUAAAUUUAGACCCAAAUGAUUUUAUGGCACUAUAUAAACGUGCACUAACUCUUAUACAAAUAGAAAAUAAUGUAGCAGCUUUAGCAGAACGUGGGAUUACUUACUAUUGUCUUCGUAAAUUUUGUAAAGCACUUACGGACCUUAAUGAGGCAUUUAAACUAGGACCUGAUAAUGCACUUAUUUUACGAGGGCGGAAAUACAAUGAAGCACUUUUAGAUUUAAACAGAACAUUAGAAAUCAGUCCAAACGAUGUCUUGACGCUCAAAGUGCGUGGAAUGACGCACCUUUUUCUAAAUAAAUGUGAAAACGCGAUUUCUGAUUUUAACACAUUAUUGAAAAUAAAACCCCAUGAUUCCUGGACGCUAAGUAACCGUGCUGCAGCAUAUUCGAUUUUGGGCAGAUAUGAUGAUGCAAUUUUGGAUUUUAACAAAUCUCUAGAAGUUGAACCAAACAAUGCCAAAUGGUUGAAUAAUCGCGGAACGACAUAUAGGAUGUUAGGUAAAUAUGAUAAGGCGUUGUUAGACAUCAACAGAUCACUUGAAAUUGAUCCCGACAAUGCUGCAAUACUAAAUAAUCGUGGAACAACUUAUAUGAAGAUGGGUAAAUUUAAUGAAGGACGUUAUGACAUUAAUAGAUCCCUUGAAAUUGGACGAAAUUGUGAAAAUAUUCAAAUCAUUGGCAAAUAUGUUGAAGCAAUUUCAGAUUUUAAUAAAUUCUUAGAUAUAGAGCCGAAUAAUACCGAUGUGUUAGCCAGUCGUGGGACAAGCUAUUUGAAUAUGGGUAAAUUCGUCGAGGCAAUUUCAGAUUUAAAUAAAUUUUUGGAAAUAAAGCAUGACACCAAUAUAUUAACUAAUCGUGCGGUAUCCUAUGCAUAUAUGGGCAAUUAUAACGAAUCGAUAUUUGAUUUGAACAGAUUGUUGGGAAUAAAUCCUAAUAAUACUUCUGCAUUAAAAUUGCGUGGUAAAUGCUAUAUUAUUUUAGAUAACUUUAAUGGCGCACUUUCUGAUUUUAAUAGAAUACUAGAAAUAAUACCAAACGAUGCCUAUGCAUUAAUGUAUCGCGGAGUAAUUUAUAUAAAAUUAGGUAAACGCGAAGAGGCUCUUUCAAAUCUAAAUAAUUCACUGAAAAUAGAGCCAGUAUUAUGUGAACGUGGAGCAAUUUAUGUAAUAUUAGAUAAAUAUGAUAAUGCUAUAAAGGAUUUCGAUAAAAUACUGAAUGCAAAUUCAAGUAAUGUAGAAGCAUUAAUACGCCGCGGAGAAGCUUAUAAAAUGUCAAAUGAAUAUGAAAAGGCCCUUUUUGAUUUUGACAAAUCAUUAAAAUUAGAACCAAAUAAUACUUACGCAUUACGUGAUCGCGGAGAAACUUAUACAAUGCUAAAGGAAUAUGACAAGGCACUUUCAGAUUUUAGUAGUUGUCUGGAAUUAAGACCAAAAAAUGAUACUUGGAAUAUAUCAACAUUAUUUAAUCGGGCACGUAUAUACGGAAUAAUGGGUAGAUUUGAGGAGACACUUUCAGAUUAUGAUAAACUAUUGGUAUUAGCACCAAAAAAUUUUCUCGCUGCUACACUAAUGGAACGCGCAGGCAUUUACGAUAGAAUGGAUAGAUAUGAUGAAGCACUUUCAGAUUAUAGUAAGCUAUUGGCGUUGACGCCAAAAAAUCUUUACGUGUUGCUUAGACGUUCAGAAAUUUAUUUUAUGCUUGACAAACAUAUUGAAGCACUUUCAGAUGUAAAUAAAUCAUUAGAAAUAAAACAAAACAAUGUAGAUGCAUUGAAGCAACGUAUAAGGUGCUAUAAAAUUCUAGGCGAAUUUGAUAAAAUGCUUUUAGAUGCUAACGUAUUAUUGGAAAUAAAUCCAAAUUGUUUCGAGACAUUACAUACUCGGGGAGUUGCAUAUAAAAAAAUGGGUAAAUAUAAUGAAGCAUAUUUAGAUCUUAAAAGAUCAUUGGAUAUCAAACCUGAUUUUGGCGAUGCUGUAUUGGAAUUUACAAUAGUUAAAACGAUCAUUAACGGCCACAGCGAAUUUAAUGGUAAUAGAUUAAUCAUACCUUAUAAUGAACUUCAAGAUAUUAGAAUUUUGAAUGAAGGUGGGUUUGGCAAAAUUUAUCAAGCCAUUUGGGUGAAUAAGUUAGGAGUGGAAAGAAAGGUAGCUCUCAAGUAUUUAAAAUCUUCAAAAGGUUAUUCUGUAGAUAUUAUAAAUGAGAUAGCCUGUCAGAAAGUUAUAAAGAUAUUUUGUGGCAAAAGAGACUCGCAAGACUACAAUCAAUCAUAA